AUGGAUCCGGGGGAGGAAGUGGAAAUGGACACCGAGGAGGAAGCUCACUCCCCGACAGCGGCAGCGGUUCAUUUUCAGCUCCAGCUCGACAAGCCCAUUCCCUCGCAGGUGUGUCCCUGGAAUACCUUAAUUUAUUAUUUUCUUCAUUGUUCUCCCCCCCUCGCUUUCUCCUCUCAUUUUUGUCAUCUUUUCGUGAUUUGAGGGUUGUCUAUGCGUUGUAUCGGAACGCAGACGUGGUCAUCUUUUACGCGAUAUGAUGUUGGCCUGAUUUCAACUCAUAGAUGGCCACAGGUGCGGUUUAUGUUUAUUUAUUUUACAGAUCAGAAUUGCUGAAUGGAAUCCGGAGAAGGAUCUGCUCGCUAUGGUCACGGAGGACUCGAAGAUUUUCCUGCACCGUUUUAACUGGCAGAGGCUCUGGACCGUCUCUCCAGGUAUGUGAUCCUCUCUGUGUGUAACUUUUUCUCCACGAACUCAUGCUACGCAAUAGAUGAAUCGUUCUUUCCAGGUAGAUGCUUCGGUUGGCACAAGGAUCGUUAUAUCGUAAGCACCCUAAGUUCGUGUUCAUGGAAUCUCUUUUGAUAGAUGGUUUGGAUGAUAGUGAGGAUCAUUUGGUUGGAUUCCUCGGUGGUGAUAAAUCGAGCGAAUAAGUCAAUGUUCACCGGAAAAAUUUGAUAACUUGCUAAAUCAUUGGAGUAGCACUUAAGUUUUUCGAAGCUAGGUAUUACCAUUAUUGCCUUUUGGUACAAAGGUUUGACAUGGAAACCUAAUGAACACUAAUUUUUUGGUCCAACAAGUGGUAUGCAGGAACUGUGAUACCUUUCUUUCUCCAAUUGGCAUUAUCCUACCUUCUCAAGUGAGAUAGACUAUUCUCUUGAUGCUAUUCUUGAUGUUUAAGAAGUGCACGCCUUUUCUAGCUUUCUGAGACUUUAGCACCCUUGCCAUCACAUCUCCUCAUCUUCAUCGGGUUUGUAGCAUGCUAUCCUGUUUUUUCCUAUGAAUGUACUGAUUGUCGCAUGGUUUGAGAAUUCUAAAUUAACGUGAGAUUGCGGUAGUGAGUUUUUCACGCUUUUACAUUCAUUUUUUUCCUUUUGUCUCACACAGACUACGGAGUGUGAUACUGGAAGAAUUCAUCUAAGGGCUGAGCCCUGUUUCUUCUCCUUGUGUCUCUCUAUCAUUUGCAUCAUAGCAAAUGCUUAGUGACAAAUUUUGUUUAUCGGUUCAUCACCUUUCAUCACCUUCUUUGCGUCUUCUUUCUCAUCUUUUUACCUUACCGCUCACAUGCCUUGGCCAGGGAAAUGCAUUACGUCUUUAUGUUGGCGGCCAGAUGGCAAAAUGAUUGCUGUUGGACUCGAGGAUGGCUCUAUUGCACUACAUGAUGUUGAGGUGAUCAUUUUUACGAGAUGAGUUUUUUCAUGUCGAGGAUGUAACUCUAAUUACUUUUAUCUCUGAAACUUCCUUUGCGGCUCUCUCUUCAUUGAAUUUUUAAAUUUUCUCACCUUGCGAGAUAUUUUAUGAAAUUGAUUUCCUGGUAUUCAUUUCAUUGUUCUGAUAUAAUUUCAUUAAUUUUCUUUUCUGCAGUCAAGUUGUGUAUGGUGUAAAAGUUUACUCUGGAUGCUGCAUUUUUCUAUUCUACUGACCUUUUUUUUCUUGCCGAUAUUACAAGUGUUGAAUAUUGAAUUUUUGUUACGGUGGUUGUCCAAAAAUAUUAUCCUCCCUGGAUUCUUCUUAGUAAUUGCAUUGGUAUCUCUCCUUCUAACUUGAUAAAAUUUCCUUGUCAUCCAUACUGUGGUUUAUAAAAUAAAUGUCCCUCUCUGAAUCUCAUAUUUUUAGAUAUAAGAUUCACUACGAGCGUAUAUUGAGCAUGGUGGAAAUGGUUUCCAAAUUCGUGACUGCUAUAAUCAGUGUCAUUGUCAUCGUAAUAUACAAAGUGUCCCGACUAGUUGUUGUGCGAAAGCAAUUCUCUUUUGGCAUAUUACUGUAUCAUUUAUUCCAUGAGCAAUUGACAUGCAUAUCUACAUGUUUAUUUACUAUAUUCAUGCAAAGCACUUGUGACCUUCCAUUUUCCUUGUUAGAGAACCUUCACAACAAUGAUCAGCCCGUAUACAUUAAGUUAAUUAGCUAUCUUUUUUGCAUGCACCGAAGUUAUUUCAAAAUAUUUCUAAAGACUUCAUUGGUUACGCCUCUUAUCAUUGACGUCUUCAAUCCCUAUGAUCAGAGUCAUUAUUAUUACCCUUUCUUAGUUCCUUCAGAUUUAACCAGGUCAAGAUACUCAUCUCGACAACUCUUCUCUUUUCACUCUGAAUUUUAUUGAGAGACCAUCAUCUUGUCAUAUGCAUUAGAAAUAAAUCUGAUUGAUCUAAAAGUCAUUUUUUUAAUUUUUGUCAGCAGCCUAGACAUGUGGACUUGUUUCUCUCUGCCUACACCCUUGCUAAUAUCACUUAUAGUAUUUUUUUAUACAUUAAUAACUUAGCAAAGCAAUUGAAAUGAAAAAAAUAAAUAUAUUUUAAAUUGAUUGUUUUUAUUUGUUAUUUGUUUCGUUGAGAGUAUGCCUAUACAUUCUGGCUUGGCAUCAUCAAUUUUUGAAUUCAUUGUCUCUGGGACAUAAAAUUGCACUCGUCUGUUCUUAGUUUUAUCCAGUAGAACCGUAUGGUCUUGAAAUGGUAGAAAUCAAUGCUUCUUGGAGACAUGGGAUACUCUCAUCCAUAAUAAAGAUAGAAAAUAUAUGGUCAAAAUCUAUUUUCCAAUGUAAAACCAACAGUAAUUGACAAAUCAUAUGCUUUUUUGGUGAUUGUCGUCACAGUAGCCAUUAGCCCUUUAUAUUUUUCUGAUACAUGGGUAGCACCAUGUGAUUGUUAUAUUAUAAACAAAGUGAGCAGGCAUGGGAGCGCAACCCAUAAGCUCUUACGAAGGUCUCUAAUUCAUGAACAGGGUCUACACUCCAAAGUAGAAGUGAAACAUUCCUGUUUCCCGAUUAACAGAUGUAACUCCUUUCUCAUUACAAAAAAAUCUCAAUCGUUUGGACCUAGUGUUAUAUAAUUGGUGAUGAGAUCCGUAAUUGGCCAGGAGCUGUCCAUAGUAAUGAUAUCCCUGUUUCUCUAGUUUUGCUCCUUUAUGCAUACUGGCGUAUAUAAAACUACUUUAAAAUCUAAUUUUUAUUCAUCCAGCAAAUAAUAUUCAUUGAGAUUUUAUCUCUAAACUUUUCUCAGAUGGAUAAAAAUGACAAAAAGGGCUAUUCUUCCUUCGGCGAUUUUUUUUUUUGACUAGGUUGGGAGAUUGAUCAUGAUGACAUCAAUCUAAGUUGUGUUGCCAUAAUCUUCUUUGGUGUAGGUUUUAUAUCUAGCGGUCUUUUCCAUGACUUCAUGGUAUUCCUUGUUAUUGUAGUUGCUCCGUAAUUGAAAAAAUCCUGAGGCUCAUCCAUUUUCCAUUGUGUUAAUACUAUCACAUACUCCUUUAUUAAUCAUGUAUUUUUAUGGACUUAGAAAUUUUGGCUAGAAAAAUUUGUCAACCGAUAGGCUAAAAUGCAUUGCUUGAAACAUAGCACCUGAUAACCUCAUUUCAUAUAAUCAUAAAUAAAUAUCCUAUGCAGCGUGGGGAUGGGGGUUUCAGGACUAUCGCAAUUCAGCAACUUGAGCUUCACCAGUUGCCACCUUAGAAAUUUGACCUGAACAGUCGUAGGUAGGUUUCCUGAUAAUUCAGCUAGUUUUCUGUGGUCAUUAGCUCUUUAGUUCUCGUUGCAUCUUUAGCAGCAUUUUCUUGUUGGUGUGGAGACAUUUGUCUAUGAGGCCAUCCCAUGUUAGUUGAAACACGUAGGAGGUUGUCUGGUAAACUCUGCUUACACUGGAUUCACAUUCAUGUUAUUUUUCCACACGAAUUGGAGGCCAAUAUGGUCGUACCUUCGCUUAAUUUUUUUGUCAUGAUUGGAUUUUUUGUCUGCAUUCAUUUUUAAUUUUCGUAUUAUGUUUUUGUUGGUCGGGGUAACACUUGUUAAGGACCAUGCCUUUAUUGAACUCUGUAUCUGGAUGCAUAUUUAUUGUCAUGGAUUGUGUAAUCUUUCUGUGAUUCAUGUGUAUCCAUGGUGGGAAGUGUAUUGUCUAAUAUAUUUUUUACUCAACUGCAGAAUGGGAAAUUGCUGAGAAGUAUUAAGUCCCAUGAUGCUGCUGUUGUUUGUCUAAAUUGGGAAGAAGAUGCUCAACCAAUAGGGGUACGAUUUGCUCUUGGUCAUUUUACCAUCUAGAUUCACUGCUGCGAUUGAUUUUGUUUUUUUUUUCUGUGUGUUGGGAUUACAUGUUGUCUUCUCCAGUGCAGUAUAUAACUUUCCUUUUGUUAUCAAUUCCUCAGUAAAUUACAAAGCCUCUCACCAUAGACCAUUUGACAUCCCAGAGUAUGGCUGUCUUUUGCACUCAAUAUUGGUCUUUAGACAGUACAAACCCACGCUCAUGUGUGUUUAUAUGUGGGAAUCCAUCCAGCCAAUCCACGGAUUUUGUGUCCUAGUUGUGUUGCUCAGAAUUCAGCCUUCAAACGAAGUGUAGAGUCAAAUGGCUACCUUCUUUUAGAAUUUUCUCGCCGUUUUUCAUGUUAUGUUCUCUGGACGUUUUCCAUAUUGUUGAGAAGCACGUUUCUGUCCAUAAAUUGAACUUUAUUUCCUUUGAAAGUCAAAGGUCGAGAAUAUCUAAGUACACAACUAACUUAAUUGAUUUGCAUAGAUUUGCAUGAAAAUUUUCAACUUGUAGAGUCAUGAUUACUUUUGUGAAGGACCCUUAGAUUUGCAUAGAAAAAUUUCAACUUGUUUUAUUCAUUCAGUUGUGACCUCUAAAUCUUCCUGUUUGAUACGUUCAUGUAGAUUUGUAUUUUCUCUAUCGUUAACUUAAUAUCUCAACUUAUGGUGGAUCUUAAUUGACUUUGAAUCAUCCGAUUGUACUAAUAAUAGCGGAACUAGUGGCAUGGAAUGCUUUAAUUCUUAGAUAACAAGUCCCUUUUUUCUUGAUAACUUAUUCUAAGUUCCAUUUGACAUGCAAUUGUAUGGAUGUGAUAUUUUUUGUAAAACUGAUCUAAAAUCCUGCCCAAUGCAUUUUAUUUUGUGCGAUUACAUUUGAUAGAUUACAUCAUCACUGAAUCAUCCUGUGAUUUUCAUGCCUAAAGCGCCACAGUUACCCAUUUUUCAUUUUGCGCUAUCUUGAAUUCAGAGGGAGGAAAGCAACGUCUCUCCUUAUGAAGAUCGUACACCACGCUUUUUCCCUCCUGCUCCAAGAAUUCCUCAGAUGCCUGGUCUGAGUUCUGGGGAUGCAGGGCUCAACGAUGAUCUUGAAGAUACUUUUGGGGAAUUAUCAUAUAAUUCACAUAAGCGUUUUAACAUCUUGUGCAGUGGAGACAAUGAUGGAGAUAUUUGCUUUAGUAUAUUUGGAAUUUUUUCAAUAGGAAAGAUUGUAAGUCAUGUACCAUGCUCAGAUAAAAUCACUUGUCCUUUCCACUUUUGUAUUAUAUCUGGUUCCUAUGGUGGCAUCUGAUAUGCAAAUUACUUUUAGAAUUCAUGAUGGAAAUGUUGUGCAUGCAUUUUUCCUUCAGUCAGAUAUUUUGUUCGUGAUAAGCUCGAUUUAUGUGAAAAUUUCUUGCUUUAGUUCUCAAGUUUUUAAAUUCUGCACUUUUCUUGAAUUUUUUGUGCUAAGUUAUGAUUUUAGUUGGUUGGCUUAUUUGGCAUCACAAUACUACACCAAAACGUCCCGUAGGCAACUCCAAACCGCCAUCAUGUACUAAACUCCAUCUGAUAUCUUUUCUGAAAUCAGGUAAAGAAACAGAUGUGAAGACCAUUGGUCCACUGCUUGACUCGUGUUUCAUGAAUAAGCUAAUGACUUUAUGAGCUAUUUAACUUUAGGAAGUCCCAAUUGGUACAUUAAUAUCUCUUCUUGUACAACUUGAUGGAUAUGAUAGUAUAAUUGUGAAAUUUAUGCUCAAGGAUAAGCAAACAAAUGAGAGUGGAAAUGACACCAGGUGACAUUUUCAUGGCUAUAACUGGUGAAUGGUGAAGAGUAAUUAUCGUGUUGGGAGAAAGUAGCUGAGACGAGUAAAUGAAAUUAGUGGUCUUCUGAAGAAAAAGAUUCAAUGUGCAUCCAUUGUUUAAUACUUUGUGUUAAGAUUGUGAAGGCUUAAGAGCAUAUUAAAUUUUGCUUUCAUUCUAUGGGAUUUUCUAUACUAGGGAAUUUAUCACGAGAUAUGCAGGGUGCUAGCCCUUGGUACUGCCAAACACACUUUGGCACUGAAUAAAGGACUCACUGUGCUGGGGUCAAGUGACAUGUUUCUUGGUUAAGCAGAUGACUGUCAUGAUUUGUUUCCAUUUUUUGUAGGUUUAAUUAUUUAUUGUGGUUGUUUUAUUUUUCUUGUUACGCAUUUCAAGUUAUAACUUUGAUGCUUUAUUGUAUCUUCCUUGCCAUAUUUCAGAAUAUCUGUAAAGUGGCCAUUUGUACUCCAUCCAUGAACGAGAUCUUCACUUGUCAACUUAUGAAUGCUUCUUUGCACAAGGUUUGCCUAUUUUCAUUAUAAUGUUCCAUGAUUAUAAGUUGUUUGUGUUGGAGACCACUGCAUUCUUUUAUAUUUAAUAUAUUAUGGAUGAUUAACCUUCCUUUUUCUAUGUGUAUUGCUGAAUGGUGUUGAGUGCUGUUUCACAAGCGCUGAAACCCCCAAAAGCCUAAUGCCGAAUAGGAAGGCGGAAGAUAAGAUGCUCUUAGCAUUGAUUAACAUUUGGAUCUGAUAUUUAUACCAGAACCUUAGUAUAGGGUUUGAAUCGGUUCGGUUUGAUGUGGUUCAACACCCAAUUAAUAAAGAAAAAUUACAAUAAAAGGAAAAAAAAUGAAAAAUACAACUUAUUCUGAUGCUCCCACUCAAGUUGGUGAAUGGAUAUUAUCUAUUGACAAUUGAUCUCGAUUGAGAUUUGUGCAACUUGGAGAAUGAAAGGAGCCGAUCUUCACAAUUCUCCUCUUCCAAGAAGAUGAACCAAUCACCACUUCUUGGAGCAGGGUUUCCUCAAUCCGAAAUGAAUGCGUCAAUUAUCAUGGUUUCCUGCUUAAGUAUGAGUUAUGAGUUAAUGGGUCAGGCCCAUUACAUUAGUCUUAAGUGGAUCCAUUAAUAGUCUAAUAGAUCCACUUAACAUAGGGAAUGACAGGAAAGGACGAAAAUACAAUGGAAAAGAAACAGAUAGAAAGGAAAAACAAUCUUAGAAAGUUCAACACCCCCUCUCAAGUUGGGUAUGGAUGUUUUCCAGGCCAAACUUGAACACCAUCUUUUGAAAUACUGGUCUUGAGAGUCCCUUUGUGAAUAUGUCAGCAACCUAUUCUGAUGGCACAACAUAUAUCAGAUCUUCAUCUAUAGUUUCUACUUUUUCUUUGAUAAAAUGUCGAUCAACCUCAAUGUAUUUAGUCUUGUCAUGUUGUACAGGAUUUCGGGCAGUAGCCAUUGCUGACUUGUUGUCAUAAUUUUUUUUCAUAUGAUUUGAUUGGUUGAUUUUUAAUUUGGUCAGCAGGCUUCGACUCCAUAAACUUUCACAUAUCCCUUAGGCCAAUGCUCUGAAUUCUGUUUCAGCACUAGAUCAUGUGACUACUUGUUGCUUCUUACUUGUCCAGGUCACAAGAUUUCCAUAAACAGAUGUACAAUAAUCAGAUGUUGAUAUGCGGUCUGUGACAGAUCAUACAUAAUUUGUAUCGGUGUAGAUUUCAGUAGAAGGAUUCCUUCCUUUUGUGAAUAUAAUGCCUUGUUCUGUUGUUGUCUUUAAAUAUGCCAACACUCGAUAUGUUGUAUGUAGGUGUAUCUCCCUUGGCUCAUUCAUAUGUUGUUUGAGUACAUUCACUGCAAAUGUUAUAUCUGAACAUGUAUGAUUUAGAUAUAUCAACCUCCAAAUCAAUCGUUGAUAUGAGCUUUUGUCCACUUGAUCAGAGUCUUUAUCUUUUCCUAAACUCAGGCUGGGAUCAACCGGAGUGUCAACAGGUUUACACUCUAAUUUUUUCCAGUCUCUUGAAUGAAAUCCAAAAUAUAUUUGUGUUGUGAAAAAAUACCCCUUCCUUAGAGCAUGCAACCUUAAUUCCUAAGAAAGAUUUUAGUCUUCCGAGAGAUUUGAAAUCAAAUUCCCUAAGAUUUUGACCAAGGCAUUUAAUCUCUUCAGUAUCAUCUCUUGUUAUGAUAAUAUCAUAUACAUACACAAUUAAAGUUGUAACCUUGUUUAGGGCAUCAUGCUUAAUUAAGAGAAUGUGAUCCCCGUUGCUUUGUAUGUACCUGAAUCCCUUCAUAGCUUGAGUGAAUUUCUCAAACUAGGCUCGGGGUGAUUGUUUCAAGCCAUAUAGAGAGUUCUUUGACCUGCAAAUAAUAUUAUUUUGAUGAGUAAAUGUGUAACCUGGAUGUACAUUCAUGUAUACUUCUUCCUCUAAAUUUUCGUGAAGAAAUGCAUUUUUCACAUCAAAUUGAUGCAUUUUCCCAUCUUAGAUUUACUAUCAAUGCUAUGAGUAUCCGGAUAGUAUUCAACUUUGCAACAGGAGCAAAUGUUUCAACAUAAUCGAUUCCAUAAAAUUGUUAAUAGCCUUUAGCCACCAAUUUUUUCUUGUAUCUUUCUAAUGUUCCAUCAGCUUUAUAUUUGGGGGUAUACAUCCACUUACAUCCAAUCAUCUUUUUUCCUGAAGGUAAAAGGACUAAGUCCUAUGUACAGUUCUCCUCUAGUGCUUCAAUCUCUUCAUCCAUAUCAUGACUCCAUUCUUUGUGUGAUAGAGCUUCUUCUAUUGUCUUGGGGAUAAUAAUUGUCUUUAGGUUCAUGAGAAAAGCCUUGUACGAUGGUGCUAACCUAUCGUAUGAUAGAUAGUUGACCAUAGGACAUAGUGGUUUUUUUAUACAACUUCUCUUCCCUUUGCAUAGAGUAAUGGGCCAACCUAGUUGUUCCUCAUCAUUGGUUUUAGUGAAUUGGUGGUCAUCUUCUUGGUCGGUAUUACCAAUUUUAAAUGUCUCUUGUACUUGGACUAGUUUCUCUUACUAGUUCUCUCUGCAGGUAAAUCAUUAAUUUCUAUUGGCAUAUUUUGUGUCUCCACUCUAGGUCGUCUCUUAUACACUUGUACUUCUUUGAUUCUAGGAAUGGGUGUCUCCUGAAUCAUGAAUUCAUUUGUCCUAUAACUCAGGGUCGGCAAUCGAGUUCUGUCUCUUCUAGAUUUUUCACCCCAUAAUAUGACUUCAACUCAUUAAAAGUCACACUAGUUGAUAUGAAGAUUUUUUUAGAAGCGGAAUUAUAACAUUUAUAACCUUUAUGUGUAGUUGAGUACCCAAAAAAUAUACAUCUUAUAGAUUGGGUGGAUCUAGUUUUUCCAGUAGUUGUCUUGAGUAUGAACAUAGACAGUACAUCCAAAUACCUUUGGACAAAGGUGAGUCUUUAGUUUCACAUGAGGAUAGAAUCUACUCAACAGUUCCAUAGGGCUUUGAUAUUCUAGAGUUUUAGUUGGAAUCCUAUUGAUAAGAUAAGUAUUAGCGAGGACAGCUUCACCCCAAUAUUGCCUCGGAACUUGUUGUUGAAACAAAAGAGCUCUAGCUGUAUCUAGUAAGUGUCUAAUUUUUCUCUCAGCCACCCUAUUUUACUGGGCUGUAUUGACACAUGAUGACCCAUGAAUUAUCCCUUUCUGAUCAAAGUAAGAAGACAUAGUCGAAUUUAAAUAAUCUCUAGCAUUGUCUGAUCUAAAACUCUUGACAACAGUUCCGAACUAAUUAUAAAUUAUUUUACAAAAAGAUUUCACCUCUUGGGUGGCAUCUGAUUUUGAUUUUAGUGGGUAAACUCAAGUAAAUCUGGUCCAGUCAUCAACAAAUAAGAUAAAGGACUUGCAUCCAAACAGGCUAGUCAUAGGUCAUGGCCCUUAGAUAUCACUAUGUAUAUGAUAUAAAGGGAUUGUACUAUGUUCACCAACAUUUUCAAAUGAGGAGCAUUUGUGUUUGACCAAUUGGCAAGCGUCACACACUAGAGCUUUAACAUCAACACCUUCAAACAUAGAAGGAAACCAUGUUUUUAAGAGAUCGAAAGAAGGAUGCCCAACAUGGCAGUGUUGUAACAGUAUAUUAUUCUUUUUGUGUUCCUUGACUCCUCCACUCCAAGGUGACUGCUAUAUAGACAUCAGUGCACGAUCAUCCUCUUCUCACUAGAACAAGCCAUCUCCUUCUUUAACAUGUCCAAUCUUCAGGCCCGAGACCUUGUCACACAAUGAACAUCCAUCGUCCUCAAGAAUGAACGACAAUUAAUAUCUUUAACAAGUUUCUACGAUGAAAUAAUGAGUCUUUAAUUUAGGCACAUGCAAAACAUUUCUUAAAGUGCAUAAUGAUCUAUUUUGAAGUUCAUAAUCCCUUCCACCAGUAGAAUCUCACUGCCAGCAGUAAUAACUUUCCUUUGCCCAUCACAUUUCGCAUAAUCAUCAAAUUUGCAUAUAUUUGAGGUCAUAUGAUCCGUGGCACUAGAGUCAAGUAUCCAAGACAAUUCAGAAAAAUUGUUGAAUGCAUAUGAUUUUGAAAAAAGUUUAUUCUUACCUGACUGAACCAAGGAUGUAGAGUGUAGCAUAUUUUUGAGUUUCUCUACUUCCUCCCUCGGUUUUUCAAAUUCAUCAUCCUUCUGUUGAUUACUAGGAUUACGAGGUUCUUUCAUCGCAGAUUGACCUUCUGUAGUCUCUGUUGGUUGGGAAGUAGCCACGUGCACCCUCCCCUAUUAAGGUGGUCGUCCAUGUAGCUUCCAGCACUUUUUUUUUUAUUGCACUCUUUUUUCUCUAAUUGAUUUCCCUGAUUGGGCAAUUCUUUAGAAUGAAUUGAUUGAUCUUGCUUGCUGGAGGCGAAGGUUGUUGACUCAUUCUUCCAAAUAUUGAUUAAACUUAAUCUACUCUCUUCUUUAAGAACAAUCUGAAUAGUUUCAUCCAGCUCAGGUACCUUCUCAUGAUGGAAAAUUUGACCUACCCUUGAGGCUUUCAUAAUCAGAGUUCAGUCCCAUUAGGAAUGUAUACAUGUACUCCUCAAAAUUGGGAUUCUUUAUUGGCCAAUAGUGAUCAAUCUCCCUCCAUAUAACCUUUAAUUCACACGAAUAUUUCAUAACAAAUUUACUUUCUUGCACUAAAUGUGUUGCCUUAGCUCACCAAGUUAUAAAUCCUCAAAUCAUUGUGUUUCUUUGGGCAACUUUUGUGAAUUUGAUUUCACAAUUCCUUCACCGAGUACAUGAAUAGGAAAUUCUUAUACAUCUCUGGUGUCAUUGUACUUAACAGCCACAUAUUGAUAAUAGCAUCGUCUUAUUUCCAUCUUAUAUAUUUUGGAUCUGAUUGCUUCAAUAGUUCUUCUAUAAGGUGAUCUGUUAAGCCUCUCCCAAGAAGUGCCAGGUCAACAAAUUACUCCCAUUGAAUCUAAGUUUUUUUAAGAUAUUUGAAAGAGUAUGAUAUAGUCUCUCCCUUUCGCCUGUCGUUGAUGGAGAUGAUGCAAGUUCCAUGGAUGACGAAGAGCUUUCUCCUUAAUGCAUUCUGAAAGUCUUCUCCUUCAUACUUUCCAGAAUGCCUCAGUUCACUACUUGCAGGAGGUUCUUUCUUCCUUGGUGUUGCUCUGACAUGAAAAUAAAAACAAGAUUCAAGAAACAAGAAAUGAGAAGUAUCUGAUCCCACUAGAAUCAGCACUGCUCUGAUAUUAUGUUGACAAUUGAUCUUGAUUGAGGUCCGUGCAACUUGGAGAAUGAAAGGAGUCAGUCUUCAUGAUCCUCCACUUCCAUAAAGAUGAACCCAUCACCACUUCUUGACCAGGGAUUCCUCAAUCCAAAAUGAAUGCAUCAAUUAUCAUGAUUUCUUGCUUAAGUACGAUUUACACGAGUUAAUGGGCCAGGCUCAUUACAUUAGUCUUUAAAUGGAUCCGUUAAUAGUCUAUCGGAUUCACUUUACACUGGGAAUUACAAGAAAGCGGAUAUACAAUGGAAAAGAAAUAGAUAGAAAGGGAAAACAGUCCUAGAAAGUUCAACAUUAUUUAUUUCCAGAUUGGACACAAGAUGUUGAAAUACUGUGUUGUUCAAGCCUUUCGUAAGUAUGUCUACAUUUUGAUAAUUUAUAGACACAUAUGGUGUACAGGUCAGUCCCCUCUUUAGCUUCUAUUUGAUGAAGUGCUGAAUUAGAUCGUGUGGUAUGUUGAUUGUUGACUUGUUAUAGUAUAAUAUCAUUGGUCCAUCCCUCUUAAUUUUCAAAUCUUCUAACAUAAUUUUCACCCAAAACAAUUUAUAUAUAUCUUGAGCCAUGGGUUAGAAUUCUGCUUCUAUGUUUGACUUUAGUAGCAAAUUUUUCUUCAUGUUCUACCAUGCUAUAAGAUUUCCACCAUAGAAAGUGGAAUACUUCAAAAUAUAACUCAUUUCUAUUACAGAUCCUACAUAAUCAACAUCAAUAUAUACUUCAAGUACCAAUCCUCUAUUACUCUUGUACAAAAUAUCAUCCAUGGUGUCCUUUGAGAUAAUAUAGCACUCGGUGAGUUGCAUAUAGGUGUACUUGUUUUGGAUUAUGCAUAAAUUGAAUAAUCACCCUCACUGGCUAUACAUGACCAUCCAGUACUCAAUGAGCUUCAUGGUCAUGUAUGAGACAGAUAAAAUUAAUAGUUUGACCAAUUGUUGAUCCAUCUCCCUAUCUACAAAAACAUCCUCUUUUUCUCCACCAUGGUUCGGAUUUGGAUCUAUCGCAAGUUGCUGAUUUACAUAUGGUUUUGCAUGUUUCCUUAGAAGAUUCAUAAUAAACCUUUGUUGGGAGAUAAAAAUGACUUUCCUUGGGUGGGCUACUUUGAUUCCAAGGAAGUAUUUCAACCUUCUUGGUUUUUUUGAUUUCAAAUUAUUUAGUGAGACUAACUUAGAUAUUCUUCUUUUAUUUCUUUAUUUUCACUUACAAUUAUGCCAUCAACAUAUACUAAUAGCAUUGUAAUUUCCCCUGAAAUUGAGUGUUUAACAAAUAAUGUGUAAUUUUUUUUGACUUUGUUUGUAUCUUAUCACAAUCAUGGGCUCUUGUAACUAUAUCUAAUUAGGCGGGAGGUGAUUGUUUAAGCCCAUAAGAGGCUUUCUUCAAUUUUCAUGUUGUAUUGACAAACAAAUUCUUUCCAUAUCUUGCAGGACUUCCAUAUAUAUUUAUUCUUAUAAUCUCCAUGCAAAAAUAAUUUCUUAAUAUGAAAUGUUGUAGAUUGCAGUCAUAAUUAGCCACUAAUACAACAACAUUUUUGACAGUAUUUAUUUUUGCCCUAUUAUCAAAAGUUUCUAGGCAAUCAAGCCCACAGGUUUGAGUAAAUCCUUUGGCAACUAAUCAGGCCUUGUGUCUCUCUAUCAAUCAUUUGGUUGAUAUUUCACUGUCGAAAGCCAUUUACAAUCAAUGGUUCUCUUUCCUAUUUGAAACCUCACUAAUUCUUAAGUUUUAUUCUUCUAUAAAGUGUUCAUCUCUUCACUCAUAACAUGUUUCUAUUUUUAAUUAGAGAAAUUCUCAUAUACAAUGGUAGGGAUAGGUAGAUUCCAUAAGAAAGGACAAUUCUAUGAGAUGAAGACGUUCAUAAGAAAAAAAUGUGCAAGAACAUAAGGGGUCCUUUAGUGCCUUCUUUGGUUCCUUUUCUAAUGCCAAUUGGUAGAUUCCAUUUUUCUUGCUGAUAUGGCAUUCAGUUUUAAGUUGAAGUGAAGAGGGAAGAGUUGAUACCUCGUUUUCAACAUCUGUGUGGUUCCUAGACUUUUAUAAAUUUCGAGACAUCUGUCUUCUUCCUUGAAUAGACUUUGCCAAAUCUUGUUUCUUUUUUUAGGGUAGAGUUGGGAAUGGAGUUAAAAUAGUUAUUCAAGAGCAGAGUUAUAAAUAGGUGCUAGUGUAGGCAAUGUAAUGGGGUGUAGAAAAUUCUCAUCAUUAUUUUCAUCAGCUUGAUUCUCCCCUUGAAGAUAAGGUGGAAUAAAGCAGGAUUCAUUUUCUUGGAAGUUGAUGUCAAUUGAAAUGAAGAUUGUGUUUGAUGGAGGAUAAUAGUAUUUAUAUCCUUUUUGAGUUUGAGAAUAUCUAAUGAAGAUAUACUUUAAUGCCCUAAGAUCCAAUUUGUCUCAUGCUAGUCAUGAACACGAACAAAUACUACACGCCCAAAUAUUUUAGACAGAAGAUUAAUUUUUAGUGUGACAUCAAGAUAAAAAGAUGAAAAUAUUUUCAUUGGACUUUUGACUCAUAAGACUCUAGAUGGUAGAUGAUUGUUGAGAUGAGUAGUCAGCUUCCUCUCUCCAAAAGGAUUUGAGUAUAUUAUUUUGAACAAGAAGGGUCUAGUUACCUUGAGGAGAUGACCAUUUUCGUCUUGGCUUCUCCAUCUUAUUGUGGUGUAUUAACACAUGGAAAUUCAUAUAGCAUUCCUUCUUUUUAGAACCAAUUAAGAUUUUUUUUCUCAUUCAAUCUGCAUGAUAAUUAGAUGUUCAGCAACCCCCUGUCUAGUUGCGUUUGUUCGAACCCUUGACAAUGAAGAUCUAGAUGUAGAAGUUUUUCAGACAUGUGAGAGCCUACAUAAGUUCCUGGUGUUCAUAUUCAGGGCCGAGUGAAUCAAUUUCUAGCCUACAACUCUAGGCUGUUUUCUCACCUCCAAUGCACAUAUGAGGAGAGGAAGGAAUACGCACGAAACCAUUCAUGUCGCAAAACUAGAAAAUGAGAAGAGACUCAAUGGCCAGAAGGAAAAAAAAAUAAAAAUAGAGAUAUUGGAGGAAGGAAUAGCCCAUAGUAAAGAGGUUGAACCGGACUGAACGAGGCUGAAUCUGACUGGUUCAACGCUUACGUAAUAAAGAAAGGUACAAUACAGCAAGGGGAAAAAUACAACUCAUUUCGACAAUAGGAAUAGUGAUAGAGAUGGAUUGGGCAGUUCUUCAAGAGGCAUCGGAUGCAUCCAAGUGGGAUAUCUCCUGGCAUUCUGGGUUUCUGAAGUGGCCCCUACCUCAGACAGGGCCCAACCUUUACGAGAUUUGGCUCAAACUAGGCUGAGUUUGGGCUUUCCUGGCUCAGUGGCAUUCCUAGUUCACUAGUUCUAGCUAUACCAAGCUUGAGAGGAAUACUGAUUUAUCAACUGUACUCUAGGCAACUAAGCUAAUCUAUUUCUUCAUCUCUUUGGUAAUAAUUAGAUUCGGCAGCAACGUUUUGGUUUGAGUAUUAUGUCUGCAUUCGACCUGUGUUUAAACCUGUUUAUACAUUGACAUAUUUGUUUGUUUGUCGCUAGUUGUCUUUGUCCAGGAACCUCUGUCAAUUGACUGUUUUAGCAUUCGGGGGUUUGUCUGAAGAUGAAAAUGGAGGCUCCGUUCUGCAGAAAAAGGAUCAUGCUGAGCUGAAAGAUAAAUACUUGCACCUGAAGGACUCUCAUGUUGGAUUACACUGUCUUCGUUUAGAUACCUCCAUUUUUCGUUCCAGGUAAGAAAUUAGUUAUUUUAGCUUAUAGUUCGUGGUGUGUCGGGGUGUUUUGUUAUGAAGCCAACCGUCAUCUGCACAAGACAACCUAGACCCCCACGUGGAGGGGGGACCACAUCAGAAUAAUGUACUGAGGCCUAGAAAUAUAGAAGAGGCCGAAAUAAGAGAGGGGAGAAAACAGAGAGUGGGAGGGGGAGAUCUGUCCCUAGAGAGGUCCGAUUCGGGCUCUCCUGUUCCUGAGGAUCAAUCUGACCUCAGGAACUCACCCUACUGUCUGCAAACCUCUAUUGUCUUUCCAAUUUCAUUUUCAAUUGUUCAACCUGGUUCUUCUAUACAUAGAGAUCUGCUUCCUUGAGUGAGCCUCGUCUAAGGUAAGAUUAGGGUGAAAAUUUGGCCCCAAAUCUUGAGAGGUUCGUAACACUGGUAUUAGAGCAGAUAUCCUGGUCUUUUUUUGCAAGAACUCGGAGAUAUUUCAGCAAGUGCAAGAUCACAAGAGCAAAAUUCUGUUCGCACCAUAAUAAGGAUCGAAUUAGCAAGGCUGAAGCAGAAUUCUUUCCAAGUCCAAACUACAACAAAUCCAAGAAACGAAGGUAAUUCUCACAACGAAUUCGUGCGACCAUAAUUCCACAAAGUGAGAAUGUUGGAAGAAGAUUGACAGAUUUACAGCAAGAAGAACGAUCAUCCAGUAUAGUCUGGAACCUAUCUUGAUCGGCGGAUGCUCACCAGGUCAAAGGCACAUCGGAUGAUUUCGUUAGAAGAAGAGGUUGCAUCUCUGAAACAGGGUUAUGCUAAGUAGGAACAAUUCCUAAUCGAGCAAAGAGAAAUCCUCAACUAGAUUCUUCCGAAAUUAUCCACAAGGGAUCCACACUCCAGUUCGCAUCCAAAUGAAGGUUCAAGGGAAGAACCAACGCAACCUUAUAAUGGCACCACUCAUUCAAGCCAAGCUUCACAAGAUAGCCGAGCACAGAUGAUUAGAGAAUAGAGUUAUCAGUUUUCCAAAGAGAUAACCCUGAGGGAUGGAUCAAGCGAGUUGAGAGAUAUUUUCACCUAAACCCUAUAUCAGAGCAUGAUAGACUCAAGCAAAUCAUGUUGGGUAUGGAGGGAGAAGCUCUGGAAUAGUAUCUCUGGAUGGAAGAUGGGUUCCCAUUCCGAGAUUGGCAUGACUUCAAGAGUCAAUUGGAGUUCAUUGCAACAACUAAUGAGCUUACAACAAGCCAAAUUAGUAAGAGAAUAUAUGGCCGAAUUUGAACGAAUUGCAGCCUUUCUACCUCAUAUAAACACUGAAGUAUUAGAAGAUGCAUACGUGUGGGGCUUGAAACUGGCCAUCAGAUCAGAAUUGGCAAUGCAAAAGCCCUUGGAACUCAGAGAAAUAAUGGAUCUAUCAAUCCAAGUUGAGACUCAUCUUCGGGAAAUCUGAAAUAGCAGAAAUGAAUUCUUUGGGAAACAAGGGAUUACAAAGCCUGAACCACCCCAACCUCGUUAUGACUAUUACAAAAGAGAAUUCCAAAAUACAAAAAACAGAGAUAAUUAUAGGAAAGGUUAUUAGGAUUCAGCUGAAGGCACAUCAAAAGGAAAUUCUGUGACAUCCAAGCCACCUUUGAGUAACCGUAAGAUACUCAAGUUGACGGAUCAGGAAUUUUAGAAGAGAAGAGAUAAGGGAUUAUGCUACUACUGCAAUGAAAAACUCGCUCCAAGGCAGCACUGUAAAAAGGAGUUGAAUAUUAUUGUAGAUGAAGACCAAAAGAGUGCAUAAGUUGACAACACUGAUAAAGGAUGGGAACUAUUCGACCAAGCCAUAUCCAACAUGAAUGAGAAGGCUUUCACUGCACAUGUAUCUUUAAAGUCAGUCACGGGAAUUACUUAACAAGGGACUAUGAAACUUUGGGGCAAAAUUUAUGACAUCGAGUUGUCAAUACUCAUUGACAGUGGGGCAACUCACAAUUUCUUGUGCACCAAAAUAAUUGAUAACUUAUCCUUACAAAUGAAGAAGUUAAAUGGCUACAUCAUAGUUAUGAGCAAUGGCAACACAAUGGCAGGUGCAGCAAUUUGCAAGUCUAUUCCUCUUCAGGCGCAAGGUGUUUUGAUAGUGCAAGAUUUUUUACCACUAGAGUUGAGUGGCAUGGAUGUGAUCCUAGGCAUACAGUGGUUGAGAACUUUAGGGUGGAUCUUUUUCAAUUAUGAGAAGUUCAUAAUGAGGUUCAAGAUGGGAGGCAACAUCUUCAAAGGGGAUCCUAGUAUUACAAAACUCAGCAUGUCACCAAGAAGAUCAAGGAGGGAACUUAAGAGUAGCAGGACAUAUAUGGUUGAAUUACAUCAUAUUCACUCACAUAGAGACCCUAAUGUACCCAAUGAUUUAGAAAUUAGUCUGAAAAAAGAAUUUCUCAAGAUUUUUGAAGUAUUGACUAGAAUGCCACCUAAGUGCCCUAUUGAUCAUGCCAUACAUCUAUCACUAGGAACAAAAGCUAUUAACCUGAGGCUUUACAAAUACUCUCAUUUCUAGAAAAACGAAAUUGAGACACUUGUCCAAGAACCCUUCACAAUGUCCUUAUGCGAGCCCUACAUUAUUAGUCAAGAAGAAAGAUGGUGGAUGAAGAUUUUGUAUAGAUUAUAGAGCAUUGAACUGAGCUACAGUUCUUGAUUGUUACCCCAUUCUAGUUGUAGAUCAGUUGCUAGAUGAAUUAUAUGGGAAAUCAGUUUUUUCAAAACUGGAUUUAAAAUCAAGAUAUUAUUAGAUCAGAAUGAAAAAAGAAGUUGUACCUAAGACUACAUUCAAGACUCAUUAUGGCCAUUAUGAAUUUAAAGUAAUGCCUUUUGGAUUAUCAAAUGCACAUGCAACCUUUCAAUUGCUAAUGAACCAAGUAUUUUCAACGUCAAUUGAGGCAAUUCAUACUAGUUUUCUUUGAUGAUAUACUUGUGUACAACGUCACUAUGACAACCUGCAGCAUAUGAGGAAGGUAUUUUUCAUUCUCUCAACAAAUUCUCUUCAUAUUAAUGCCAAGAAAUGCAAAUUUGGAGAAAGCAAACUAGAGUAUUUGGGCCAUUGGGUGUUGGCAGAAAGAGUAGAAGUUGAUAAGGAGAAGAUAUAUGCUAAGACUAAUUGGCUAAUUCUUAGAAAUCUUAAGGAACUUUGUGGGUUCCUAAGGCUCAUUAGAUAUUGUAGGAAAUUUAUUGCCAACUAUGCUUCAAUCGCAUGGCCACUGACACAAUUACUAAGAAAAUAUGCAUUUUGUUGGUCAAGAGAAGCACAAGCAGCCUUCUCGACCCUUAAACAAGCAAUGACUAUGGCUCCGGUAUUAGCAUUACCAAAUUUUUCGCAAGAAUUUAUUGUGAAAAUUGAUGCUUUUGGAUCAAGUGUUGGGUUGUUCUCAUGCAACAAGGGUGCUUGAUAGCUUAUUUCAGUCAAACACUUCCAAAAAGAGCCAAAUUAAAAUCGGCCUAUGAAUGAGAGUUGAUGGCUAUAGUGUUCGCAGUAAGGAAAUGGAGGCAUUAUCUUAUGUGUCAGUGUUUUAUCAUCAAAACAUACCAGUACAGUCUUAAAUUCUUACUUGAACAGAAGAAAAUCCAUGCUAAAUGUCAUAAAUGGUUGGUGAAAUCGAUGGGCUAUAGUUUUGAAAUUAAAUAUAAGAAAGGGAAGAACAAUCAAGCCGCAGAUGUAUUAUCCCGAUGUCCAUCAUUAUUGCAAGUUGAACUAAACUAGGCAAUAGCACAUCACGCCAUUGAUCUCAAAGUUGUCCAUCUAGCAGUGGACCAAGACACUAAGCUUGCAGAGAUUAAAGCUUCCUUGUCUAAAAGAGAUACAAUAAAUGAAUUAUAUUCUUUGAAGAAUGGAUCCUUGUUAUAUAGAGAAAGGUUGGUUCUACCAACACAUUCCCCUUUAAUUACCAGAGUGUUACAAUUAUUUCAUGAUAGCCUGGUAGGGGGCCAUUCUAGAUUUCAGAAGACAUCAUAGAAUUUUGCAACAAUUCUAUUGACAAGGAAUGAAGAGAGAUAUAAAGGCAUAUAUCAACAAUUGUCUUACUUGUUUACAGUGCAAAUCUUCUUCACUAUCACUAGUAGGACUUUUGCAGACAUUGCCUAUACCUACCCAAAUUUGGGAAAACCUUUGAAUAGAUUUUAUUGAAGGCUUACCUAAAUCACAUGGGUCGAAUGCCAUAUUAGUAGUAGUGGAUAGAUUAAGUAAGUAUAGUUAUUUCAUUGCCCUACAUCAUCCAUUCUCAGCCAAGGAGGUCGCUCAAUUAUUCAUCAAGGAAAUUGUAAGGCUCAAUGGGUUUCCAAAGACAGUGGCCGUUGAUAGGGACGAAUAUUCUUAGGUACAUUUUGGCAUGAACUACACACACUACAAGGAACUAAACUCAAAUUCAGCUCCUCUUACCACCCUCAAACAGAUGGACAAAUUGAAGUCGUGAACAGGUGCAUGGAAAAUUACUUGAGAUGUGCAGUAUUUGAUAAACCAAAGCAAUGGAAAUUAUGACUUCAUUGGGCAGAAUAUAGUUACAACACUUCUUAUCGUUCUUCCACUAAAAUGACUCCUUUUGGAACAGUAUAUGGCAGGGACCCACUGCAACUUAUCAAACAUGGAAUAUAUCCUUCACCACUUGAUGCCAUCGAUCAACUACUCACAGAACAAGAUGCUAUCCUUAAGAUUUUGAAAUUCAACUUGCACAAGGCACAAGUGAGGAUGAAAUUUAAUAUAAAUAAUCAUCGUAGAGAAGUGGAAUUAGAGGUGGGUGAUUUGGUCUUUCCAAGAUCAAACCAUACAAGAUGAAAUCUCUGGCAAAAAAGGAAAACGAGAAGUUAAACCCUCGCUAUUUUGGUCCGUAUCUUAUUAUCGAAAGAAUUGGACUAGUGGCAUAUAAACUCCAAUUGUUUGACCAUUCAGCUGUUCAUCUGGUGUUCCAUAUAUCCUAAUUUAGGAAGACACUAAGAACAGACAACAGAAGCCAACCAAUUCCCCCGACACUAUGAGAAGAACAAGAAUGGAUACUCAUUCUAGAUGGCAUAAAAACUCACAAGUCGAUCCCUCAAGACAGAGAUUUUAGUUUCAUGGAAAAAUCUUCCAGAGUUUGAAUCAUCAUGGAUGAUAGUAUCAACAUUCUUGUGACAAUUUCCUACAUCUCACCUUGUGGACAAAUUGAAACUCAUGGGGGGGAGUAAUGUUACAAAGCCAAUUGUCAUCUACACAAGACGAUGUAGACCCCCAUGUGGAGGGGGGACCACAACAGAAUAAGGUACUGAGGCCUAUAAAUAUAGAAGAGGUCGAAAUAUGGGUGAGGGGGAGAAAACAGAGAGUGGGAGGGGGAGAUCUGUCCUUGGAGAGGUCCGAUUCGGGCUCUCCUGUUCCUGAGGAUCAAUCCGACAUCAAGAACUCACCCUACUGUCUGCGAACCUCUAUUGUCUUUCCAAUGUCAUUUUCAAUUGUUCAAUCUGGUUCUUCUAUAUACAGAAAACUGAUUCCUUGAGUGAACCUCAUCUAAGGUAAGAUUAGGGUGAAGAUUUCGCCCCAAAUCUUGAGAGGUUCAUAACAUGUUUCUUUUUAAGUGACACAGAAUGUAGUAACUGGUGUUCAUGAAAGACAAAUUAGCUCAAUUAUUCAUGCUCAGGAUUUAUGAUUUAUCUGAAGGCUACCUGAGAUUGAUCAAUUUUUUUAGUUUUGCCAGAGUAAUUUGUGAUACACUUGACAGAUAUUAAAAAUCAUAAUAUCUCUGUUUUUCAAUUAUAUUUUUUUUUAAGGUUCAAUUAUUUGGACUUCUUCAUAAUCAUUUUUGAAAGAGUUCGGCUCUUUUAUUAUGGUUUGCUCAGUCAUUCCCAUAGGCUCCCAUUUAAGAAAUGUUUGUGUUGAGGCCCAUAGGAAGAAGAAUUAUUCAUGGGAUGAUUCCAUUUAUAAAUUUAUGGGAUUGAGCCUAUUUUUGAAGCUUUAGGUUGAUGUCAUUUUGUGAACCUUUGGGAUGAAACCCACAUGAUCAAUUUAUAAGAUUAAGCUCAUUUGUAAACCUAUGGGGUGAGACAUGUUUGAUAAGUUUGUAUAAUGAGGCUUCGUAUCAUUUGUUAGUUUAUGGUGUGGUGCUUGUUUAGCAAAUUUUAAGUCCAUUUGCAUUGUAUUAUAUUGUUAAACAGAAGCUCAAUGUAAGAUUUUAAUUUAGGUUUAUACACUUGGAACAAGGCUAUUAGAAGGUUUUAUUUGGUUCAUGUGCAUUAAGAUUGAUUGUUUGGUACAAGGUUUACAUAAGAUUUACUUGUGAUCUUAAUAAAUCCUAGAUAUUAGACCUGAGGCCUACGUUGGGUUUUUAUGCUCAUUUGUUUUGAACUUGCCUACUAGAGCCAGCUCUGCAUAAGACCCAAUUUGAUCACCAUGAACGAAGUGUACAUAUUGGACCCAACUAAUCUUAUCAGAUUUUGAUUACAUGAGGCGAGAUGAUUGUAACUCUUAAUGAUUUUGUUUGAUGUAAGUUUUGCCCAAUAUCCCUGGUUGUGGUAAGAUAUAAACAAGUUCUUCUAAUUUAUGUGGUCAUUGUAGUCUAUUAUAGCCAUAAUUUUCGAGUCUACUUAAUCCCAUAUCCCAAAAUUGGGAUCAUUAACCUGUGGGCUUGAAUUUACUAAGUGACUCAUAAGUCCUUUGUUUUUCAAUACAACUCUAAGUUGUUGUGACCAUCCAAAGUAAUUUCUGCUAUCUAAAUGAUCUGCUUGUAAAAUUAAAGAUAGUUUAGAUUAUGUAAGUUUUUGAUCUAACCCUAUGUUGGAUUACUCUCUGUGUGUGAGCUGACUUCUGACAUUGUCAAGUGAAAUUAAAAGUAAUAACUUGUACUGUAAUCUCACCAACCCGAAAUUCUCCAAUAUCAAUCAAAGUAAACAGAGAAAAAUAGUCCCGAGAUGAUCUGCCAGUGCUGUGUAGGCCGGACUCGACCUCAGAACAAUAUGGUGUAGAACAGACAAUCUGUCCAUAAAAAAGCUCUCUAGAAGAUAAUAGCGUGCCUUCACACACCGUUGUAAAUAAUGGCAGUCGAUGAGGCACGGAUCAAUUGUUUGUAUUUGUCAUUGUCAAUGAAAGGCGAAUAGAGACAUCUGACGAAGGAAAGAGAGGAUAUAGGGUGGAUUACACUUGUAAAUGAAGCUCUGAUACCAUGUUAGAACUUGUACGUUGGAUAGUCACAGCCGCUCCACCUCCAACCUUCAAAAACUCUUCGAUUGAGAGAUGGAGAUACAGAGCCACUAGAGAUUGAAAGAAAGAAUGGCCGGAGCCGUAAUUUAGUAUUAGGUUCAAAGAGGGAUUGGGACCAGGUUUUAAACUGGUCCCAUUAGUUACAGAGAGAACCAGACCAGUCUAAACCAUAAUGGGCUGAACCGGUCUGGGUGAUUACUAAUUGAGAUAACAUGGGCCGACUUAAAUGAGCCUGAUAUCAAGCAACUACAGUAAUAAUGAGAAGAAAAGGAAAAAGGUGUAAUGCAUGAGUCUCGACAAAAGAUGACAAUUUAGAUGGACAAGGGUUGUGAUAGCGAAAUUGGUAGUUCUAGAGAGAAAGUCAUAAGAGGAUGUGGAGAAUAGUCCCAUAGUAUUUUGCAUUCAUGUUAUAUUGAUUUGCAACAGUAAUAACCAUUGGGUCUUAGACCCCAAUAACUCAUCCGCGUGUAAAAGGCAAAUCAACAUGAACAGAAUCUCUUGUACAUAUAUAAACAAAACUUCUAUCGGAAAUACAUUGUGUUUAUAUCUGUCAGUGCAAAUUUGCAUGUCUUUUCUGCCAAAGGAAUGCAAAAGUUAGGGUAAGUCUGACGCGAAUUUAAGUAAAUCCCUGUUGGAAUGGACAAGAAGAGGAGCUUGUCUUGUGGUUAUAAGAUAAAAUGUCAAAGGCCAGAAGGUAAGUUUUUCUUCUUAGUUGUCAAUGGAUCAUAUAUCACCAUCGUUAUGGGUAUGAUAAAUUAAUGUGCAGUCACCAAAUUAUGACAUUAAAGUUUUGGAUUAGGUUCUCUAUUAUAUCAAGUUCUCAGGAGGAACCUAAUUUUUUUCUCUAAAACUCAAUAAAUCCUAAUUAAAGGAGAUGUAGAUGCUGAUUGGGUUCGAUCUCAUGAUGAGAGAAGAUCUAUUAGACAAUACUUUUCUUAUUGAUACAACAACGUAGUGACUUGGAUGAUCAAGAAGCAUUUUGUAUGUAUUAGAUACAAUGAAGAUGUGCGGAGGUUUGGCAGUAUUCUGGUACCAUAAGUUAUAUGACUCAGAAAUCUCCUUUGGGAAAUUUGAAUCAAGAUGCCUCAUUGAAACUGAACUACGACAGAAAUAUAACUAUAAAUGUUUCAAAUAAAGACAAAAUAACGUGACAUAGCAACAGAUUUGACGAUCACGAUUUCAUCUAUGAAAAACCAGACUCCACAGAACUUGCUGCCUGUGUGCAUUUUGGAUAUCGUGUUUCAUCUCCAUCCUCUUUUUUCUUCUAGUCUCAGUCAGCGAAGCCUCACUCCAAACUCCAAACUCCAUAAAAUCUUCAUUUAGAACUCCAUACCCGGGAGGUGAACCUGAGAGAGGAAACCCCUCGUCCAACGAGGUCCCUUUCACUACUUUGGUAGAGCGGUCCCCCUCAGGGGUCCCUUAAUCUAAACUCUUCUGUCAGUGCGGGAAAUCAGCAGUUUUGAUUCUUCAUUUUUGGAUAAUUUUAUUCAAAUUCUAUCAUUUACUUCUAGAUUUCUGGAAUGAAAUCCUCUUGUGCUUGUUGUCAAUCCGUGUUAACAUUCCAAUUUCAAUGUGAUAGCUAGUAGCUUGUAAAUUUGUUUUUUUCUUAGAAUCAAUAUAUUGGCCAUCUUCUGAUGUUUGUUGUCGAGGAGUGUUAUUGCUUUUUUCAAAAAUCUUUCUAGAGGGUGCGGAAAUUCUUGUGCAAUUUGUAAAAUUCUCGACAGCCUAAUGAUUGGCGUAGAUAAUAGGCCGCCUAGAUGUAGUAUCUGUUUAAGGCAUGGUUGAGACAAAUUUCCCGUGUGAACCUUGAAAACAUUAUCCACAAACAAAAACGGCUGAUCUUUACAAAAUGUCACAUCAAGAAUAGUUGUCUCGCUGCUUGAGUGAUUUACCAUGAUCAGUUUUAGUGUUUCUAAUGAAUUAUAUUUUGAUUUUACUGUGUUGCGUUCUGUUUAGUUUUUUGUUGCUGUCACUGGGUGUCAAAUCCAUUUUCGUUCUUUUCAUUCGUUUAACAGAAGAAACGAGCUCUAUCAGGUGGCCCUGCAAGCAUCAAGCAUUGAGGAUUUAAUUGAGGUCAUCCGUGCUUCAUUGUCAGUAAUGUACAAACAGUGGUCUGAUGCAAUGAGCACAUUUUAUGAGAAGUGCGACUCACUUGCUUCUUUAAUAAUUGACCAUGGUAGUUUUGAUAUCUUCUACCUAAUUCACUGAUCAAAUUGAGGCGUACCUGUGAGAGUUUUGCAACUUAUUUCUUUAAUUGCAGGUCUCGACUCAAGUCCUGAAGAGGAGUUUCUGUCUCUCUUACUUGGGGCUAGAUCAAGUCCACCACUCCAUCAGUUUUUAGUCAAUUCUCUUGGUGAAGUGGUAUGAUGAGGGUAUUUUGGUUGGAAUUUUUUUUUAUUGUAGUUUAUUUACCAGGUUUGGUGGGACAGGGUCUGAAACGUGUCAUCAAAGCUGUUGAUGGUGCUGGCAAAGAGCUUAACUUGAUAAUCCGUGAACAUCUUCAAGUAUGCAUAUUUGUGUCUCUUUCCUUUUCUUUGCUUGUUUAUGCUUUCCUUGUUUUCCAGUUAGAGAACAGUCAAAUGCAAGAAGGAAUAUGUAGACGCAUACAUAAGUAAAAUAAGGAAGAUGUAUUCUUAUGUCAUAAACCAUUCUUGAUUUCCAUGAUAAUUGUGGCAAUGGUAUUUACUAGAAAAUUUGGCGUUAUGAUUGUUGUUUCUGGUCAGAGUCUGCUGCUAAUGGGGUACAGUCAUUGGUAGCUGCUAGAUUUGGCUAAUUCAGUUGUAAGAGUUAUGUUGAACACUUGGGAAGUCAUUAAAAGGUAAAUGCUUUAAAUUCAGAGGAUAAUGGUUUAUAAUUGUUGAAUCUGUUCUUUUGUAGUGGCGAACCUACUCAAGUGGAAUCUGGAAUAAUAUUUUGAUUAGGUCCAAUAGUUGGUGGCUUUUUGCAAAUCACGUAUUUUCUUCACGGUUUUCCAAAAUGGUGAUCAUGGGACAGUCAUAUUUCCCCACCAAUUCCAUACUAGGGAUACAAAUCCAUUCUUUAGCAAAAAAAAAUGAAAAAUCAGACAAUAAAAGUUGGUGGGAAAGAGAAAUCAGGCCUAAAUAUGCUUCGGACUAUUCAGUCAGUAGAAAAAAAGCAGCCUGAGCUUGAAAUUAUGUGGAAAAUAUGGUUUUUUAAUCCCCUCUAUCUACCUCCCCUUCACUGUAAUCGUUGUUCAUGGACUCAGAGUCUUGUAUUAACCAAAUUGCCCGGAGAGACUGUUUUUUUUCCCUGGUUAUGGUUUAUCUGGACCAGUUUUGAACAUGAUCAGUCUGCCUCCGUGCCGCUGAAGUACUGCUGAGAUAUAUAAUCCUAUGGUUGGAUAUUAUGAAUAUGGUUGCUACUAUUUCAGCUUCUCUUCGAAAUGAAGAAAAAUGAGGCUGAUAUUCCUUCCUGCACUACAUUUUUCCGGUCAAAGUUUUUCUGCGGAGUUUUUCUAUUAUUCCGUAGUGUCUCACCAACCAAAUGCAUGACUGAGUUCCAUUGUUGACUGUUGUAAUAGCUUUGUCUCCAGAAAAUUAGAUUGGCAUGUUUUUCUCAAUGUAUAUACAUCUUAUGAACAAGGAGAAACCCAAUUGUGCACUUGGAUAGGAUUUACAUAUUAACUAUGGUGUCACAUACGUAAGUUAGUAACUCUUAGAUGAUUCACAAGUUCAGCUUAAUGUUCAUAGCUUUCCUAGAUCUUCAUUUCCUUUACUUUAUCAUGUUUAUGUAAUCCUGGUUAAUUAGUUCAUUUAUUAUCUCUUUAAAUUGAUCCACCAUCAUUUCGUAUGAGAAGGUUUAACUGGUAAUCUGAGAGUAUUUUUAUCAGUGCCUUCAUGUUCGAAUUCCAAUUAUCCUCUUCCAUUGGUAUUUGGAUUCUUCCCUCUGAUCUCAAGUAUUCCAUUUUGGAGACGUAAAAAUCUAAUUAAAUAUAUUUUCAAUGUUUCAUUUUGUAGCCUGCUGCAGAAAUCAUAGGAUUUAGGAUUGGAGAAUUGCGAGGUCUUUCAAGAUGGCGAUCACGUUAUCAUAGUGUAGGGCUAGAUGAGAAGCUCAUUGAUAAUGCAACAGAAAGAGCUGGAAUACUGCUUGUUCAAGUUGAACGCUUCUUGAGGGUUCUAGCAAUUGUCAUACAUGAGGCAUGUUUUGCUUCAUUUAUCGUACUAUUAUUAACUGAGAGUUACGUUAUUUUUCUCCUGUGUACUUUUAGGGCCAUGCCACUUAUAUGAUUUUUCAAAUUUUAUUCUAUGAUUUUUUUUGUUUUUUAGACGUUUAAAAUGUGUGUAUAUAUUAAACUAUAAAUGCAUACAUUUAAAUGAGCAUCUAGUUAUUGAAAACGCACCAUUAUUAUCUCACAGAUCGUCUACUCCCGUUUUCUCCUGAUACCUUAUAAUGCGUAUGGAGUAGCAAGGCAGAAUUUAUGUCCUGGAUCUCAACUGGAAGGGAUUUAUGUCCUAUAGAACCUGUUAAUAUUCGAAGUGGAGAUGAGAAGGUUGGGGGGGAGGGGAAGGGAGAGUUGAUAGAAAAUCCUUGGAGCAGCAGAAGAACUUAAUUCUCUUCAGGAGAUGGCAAGGAUAGAGACCCUUCAAGGUUUUUAAUUUAAAAGAAAAACUCAGUUUUGUAAUGAAUUUUUCCAGCAGUCUCCAGAAACAUUUGUAUAAUUCUGAGGAUCCUAAGAGCCUUAAAACUCCCUAAGAUUAAUUAGUUUAGCCUGUUAACAGACUAGUCUUAAAAAUCACAUCCUGGACACAUGAUUGUUUACAAAAUCACAUGCUAGGCACAUGGUAGGUCAUGACCACUUAAAUAUUGCACGAGAUAGGUAAUUGAGCUUAAGCCCGGCAGAUUAUUCCCCAAGUCAGCAUGCUUCUGCAUAAAAAUGAUAAACUUAUGCAGUGGAAGUGACGUAGAGGAUAGUGUAGCCUGUCUCAAUAAAUUCAAUUAGACAAAGUUAAAGAAGAAAAAGUAAUGGAGAAUAAUACAGCUGAUUAUUGCUGUAAAGUUUUAUUUUUCUUAUUAGACUAAAUCAGAUGCCAUAAAUGAUUGUCUUAUGGUAAUUAAAUUAUUCUUUUAGGAUGUCAAGGUAUGUAAAGUGCACGCCCCAAGUAAUUGUUUAUUUUGUUUUAUCAUUAAUACGACUCAUUUUCCUUUGUGGAGCUCUAUAUUCUUUGAUGUUGUACCACAAACGUUCGGACUAAUUCUCCCGAAAUUUGCGUUUUUGAAUUGCUACGUUUAGAAGAAAGUAGAUAAAAAAUGACUGAGAAUGCAAAUAGUUUAGCUCAAUGCGGUUGAUCCAUAAGUGCAUAAUGGUAGAGAAUGUCAUCUUUUCCACCUGAGUUUGUGACUUCACGUUGCCUUGUAUGACAACCUUUCUUUUUUUGUCUUUGAAUACUGCUUUUCUGGUUGGCCAUUGGAUGUAUAUUUCUCAUGAUGUGCAUUAAUAACUGCCUCAACAUUCUUCUGAAAGGUAAUGCAGCCUAACAUAAAAUAUUAUGGGCUUCUCGCUGAUCCUGAAUUGCGUUUGCUGUUUUUUUUUAACAGCUUCAGAAUUUCUUUAGUUGGCUUAUGAGGUGUAUAAAGUUACUCAUGUCUGAGUCAGCUACUCCGGUCUCUCUACCGAACAUGUUUGGCUCCGAUCCUAUCUAGUCUAUUAGUUGCUUUUCAUAUGUAUGGUGUAUGUGAUAAUAUUAUUUUGGUCCUUGCAGUGAACUUAUCAUCACAUUCUUGAAGUUUCAUUACAACUGUGACCCUGUGAAGCAACUUUUGGAAGGAUCUGAAGUCCUUCAUGACAUCGAAGUUGAUGUGUAACCUCUUUGACUUAACUUCCUCCAUUGUAUCACAUCCUACGCUGAACAAUUAUCGAUUUUGAUGGUGGAAUGCCACUAGUUUUUUGUUUCAAAACCAGAUGUGACGCUUUGAAAUCUUCUGGCUUGAAUGAAAUGAGUAAAUGCUCAUACAAUGGUUGACCAAUCAUAUAUCUUCUUUUUUAUGUUUUCACUCUAUAUUUUAACUAGAAGAAUUUAUUGAUUUUGUUAGAAUUUGAUGUAAAAUAUCUCAUGCAUAACCAGAGAUACAAUGCGAAGGAUUGAGGAACUUAGAGCAUUUGGGGGGUUUCUGGAUACUGGUUACUUAAGAAGGACAUUGACGAAGGAAUUUGGUGAACUAGAGAACAGGUAUUUCUACUUUUAUCAGAAGUUGAUGACAUCUCACAAAGUUAAUAGCGAUUUUUUUUUCUUCUGCAUUGUGUGGUUGUGUUGAUGGAGAUAUUAUUGCCAUUAACAUGCGACAUAAUGCCAUUAGUGGAUGCCAUAUUGCCGAUAUGCUUAAUUAUUUUAUUGCUCCUGGAGGAGAGAACUUUUAUAAUUUCUUCAACGGCUUGUCUCAAGAGAAAAAUUAUUUGAUAAUAUUUUGUAAUUUUCCUUUCUAAUGGUACAUCAGUUCUUAGAAAUAGGAAUGCCAGUGGACUGGGACAUGCUGGGUUAUGUGAAACGCAAACUCGGCCUAGCAUUUUUAAUAAAGUCAGUGAAAAGGUCGGGGUUAGCUAGGCCGAAAGUGGUUAAAGCAGUUGCCUUUAACAGCUCUCUUCUUGUAACCGUUGAUGGAAAAUUGGAGAAUCCAUCUCAGGUCUUCAUCACUCUUCACUCCCUAUUUAUAUCCGUAUUCCCAAAUGUUGUUAUGCGAGGGCAUUAUGUUCAUUGUGUACAUGAUGGGGAUAAACAAAUACCCUAAUCCAUGGGUAUGCCUAGGACGAGAGUUCUCAAGAACAACCAUCAGGAUUCGGGUUUUUAUACUACUCUAUUCUUCUACUCUUCUUGUCAGAUUAUGCUUUUUUGUAUUGGUCAAUUUUUUGUAUCGAGUGCAAUUACUACAAGAUCAAUUAUGCACAAAAGUAGAUGGAAAUUCCAAAUUGGAACCCUGUGAAGUUUCAAAACUUUGGACUUUCCAACAUCAAUGAGUCAUCAAUUUGCUUCUCAUCACAAAUAAUUGUACCAAGUUACCUGUCGUCAGUGCCUACCCACAACCAUAUGAUGGCUUUAAUACUUCUGUGGAUGCUGACUGUUUUUUUCUAGGUUGCAUUAGCUUACCAUUGUCAUAAUUUGAUUUAUGUCAUUCGAUUUUGAGGAAGUACAGUUGAAUCCUGUGUUUAUGAUUUUGAGAAUGUUAGAGUCACUACCUUUUGGCGAUCAGGAAAAUUUAGAAUCCUCCCCACUCUUACUAACACUCUGCAAUGUCAUUUUUUCCAGUUUCGGUGGCAGCAAUUCCUAGAUCAUUUCCCUGUUUGGAUAGUUAUCAGUGUGUAAAUUUGGAAAAAGGAUGAAUGUUAUUGUAUUUUAUUUUAUUUGUAGUUUGUGUUCUGAAUGACCUGUAGUUUGUAGCUUGGUAUGAAAAUUUGAGUUAUUUUCUAUUAUAAAAUGAUUUCAAGAGGAAAUAUGGACACAAGGUGUAAAGUAUCUUCUAAUUAGGUAUUGAAUCAGGUCUGGAGUGUAGGCACAUUCAUAUUCGACACCUUAUCACAUUCGUGAAGCACUCUCUCCCUCGUUUCGAACCAUCAUCACCUGCGGAUUGCAGACAGGGGAACGUUCCUCAUUUCCUUCUAUGUCAUUUCAUCAUAUUCAUGCUUUGCCUUAAUGCUUCAAAGAAGCAGAACCCAAGAGCGGCAGUAAUGAAACUGUCAUCAGUGUCAUUGUUUCAUAAAUCAAGUGGUUCACUUUGCCUAGAUUCAAGCGAAUGAUAAAAGAAAGUGAGAUGAAUCCAUUUAUUUUGUUCAAGAAAUUAAUUUCAUCUCUUUUUCAUAUUUGUGUCCAUUCGGUUUUUCCUCAUGGUCUAGCUGCUUUCUUGUCGUUUAACAGACGCAUGUAACUUUUCUAUUUAUAUUUGCAGUCUCAAAGAGGCUUUUUCUAUGCCAUUUUCUACCAUUUCAAGAAGGAUAUGCUGUGAGGACUUCUUACCAUUGUAUCCCAUUUCUUCUCCUUAUGCUGUGACCUCCUUAAAUCCGCCAGCAUCAGUAUCCUACGUCAAGGUAUUCUCUAUCAUCUGCGCUACUGCUGAUGUAUUUUGAGCUUUCCAGAAAUCUUUUCCUAAAUUACCUUCGUUAAAGUGAUAAUCUUCUUCGAGGGGACAUUUCUCCAAAUUCUUCAUUAUUGUGUAGUCUCACUUACCUAUUAACGUUAAGUAUUUUAAUCAGUGUAGCCUGUCUAUAUGUGCUUCUGCAUCCUCCCAUCUCCCUCCUUGCCAGAAAUGGCUGACGUGGUGAUCAGCUGCUAUAGCAACCAGUCUUCAUGUUGUAGCUGUUUUUGUAGAAGAGCAGGCUACUUAUGAAGCCGCAUUUUCGCCAAAAUGUUGGAGAAAGGAAGGUGUUUGUGUGUGAGGAGAUUGUGUACAGCUAUUGUUACACAACACCAGCCACUGUUGUAGUAGCGCCUCCUCUCCAUUCUUCCUUGUACUCAACCUCCUCUGCACCAGUUCACCCGUGCUCUCAGCCCUAUGUAAAUCGGUGAAGGGUUUGAAUUCUCAAUUCUGCUUCUCCAUUGCCUAGAUAGAGAGGUGAUUCCGUCUUCUUCCCUUUGAUCCUUCUUCUUGUUGUUUUCUUUGGGUUUCCAGUCUCACCACCUAUUACUUUACUCUAUCUCUCUCUCUCCCAUUUCUCCAUUUGUCUAUCCGACUCCCAUGAACCUUCCCUCGUGGAGCUCUUUCUUCUGUCUCUCUAACCUCACUCCUGACACCCUUCUUUUUCGUCCUCGUCCCUAUCUUUUUGAGCUCUCUUCUGUGUCUCUAAUCCUGCCUUUUCAUUCAACAUGAAAAAAGGCUACUCUUACGGGCCCCUGCAGACUAGAGCACCUAAGAUUCUGUAAGGAUGUCUAAGACUUCCUUUUCAUCCUGGCAUAUAUAUCUGCCUCUAAUAUAGACAGCAGUUUAGUUGGGGGAAGAAUUUCAGCCUUUUUUGUUUGUCAUGUACGCAACUUUGAAUUCAAUUGGAAAGAUGAUAUCCACGAAGUCUUUCAUUGUUGACUGUAAUAUGCUUAUACCUCAUUCUGUGCACAGAUAUCUACUUUGAUUGUUUCUGGAAAUAUGUUCUCCAAGUGAAAAAAUGUCACGUGACUUUGUUAUGCUAAAACUAAGCUCUUUGCACUGUGCAGAAAGUUUUGGUGGAAUUCAGUAUGUGACAAAUUGUUGGAGAAACCCAGGGGAUUGAUUGAUAUCCGUGCACAGAUUUCUAUACACUUUGUACACUUUUUUCCCCCUACUCAGAGGGUUAGUUACUUUUUAUUCUUGGGGUUAUAGUAUAUUUUGUCACUCCCCAUUUUCUUAGAGCUGUAAUUUUUUAAAGUGACGAGGGAAUGUGUAUAGAGGCUCUAAGAUUUUACUUAAGGGGCAGAAUUUUGCAUCUCAUGUCUUUCUCUCUCAUUUUUUCCAAGUUGUCAUUGUGGCGCUAGUCCUAAUUUACAUGUCCCAUUAUACUCCUUUAAUACGUUCCUUUUUCGGAUGCAGAGAUCAUCACCACUGUCAAAAUGUCUUUAUCUAAACUGCUUGAAGAAUAUACGCAUUAAUUAAUUUGUAUGUGGUUUUCUGCUAAUGAUGGCCAUAAUGUUUUGUAGGAUGAAACGGUCGAUACUUCUAUUUGCUAUACAUCUGGUGGCAGACAGGUGGAUUACAUUUGCUUCAAGAUACCUGAUGAUUCCAUGGAUAUGAUAAAUAGUAUAGGCAUUAUAAAAAGGUUUUCAUCUCAAUCGGGUACUACUGAGGAGGGAGUUUCUUCUCUUCAAGCGAUUGUUAUACGUGUUCCCAGUGACUAUGAAUGUAUUGAUCUUUCACCCUACAAGGUAGUUAUCCAAUCAUCUGAAAACUAUAAACUCUGUUUUCAUUCUCCAAAUUACGUAUUGAGUUAUGUUUGUUGAAUCAGGAUGGACAGAUCGUUUUAUUACUCAAUGAAACAGUAGCCACGUCUGAAACCCCUGGAAAUUCCUGCAUGAUGAUGUUUAGAACAGAAAAUCUUCCUUUUGUAUCUAUUUCGAGAUCUAUACGUGAAGACCUUUGGAAAUUGCAUGAGUUGAAGGUACGUGACUUUGUCACUAAAUUGACGCUGAAUUUCUCACCGAGUUUUCUUCAUGUGAUGUACAUGAUGGACAGGCAAGCUCAGUAGUCAGAAUAUGAGUUGUUUAAGCAUUUGAAACUUACGUAUGUUACAUUUUAGCUUUUAUGACAGAAGUUAGACAGGGGUCUUACAGUAGUAUUUCUAUGAUUAGGGUUUGACACCAUGAUAGUAGAUCUAGUGUGAGUUAUAUUUAGUGCUCUGAUAUAUAUAACUGCGGUUUGUGUUUUGAGGGGAGUCGGUGAGUGGGCAUAGGAAGAGCAUGGGAUUGUGUGUGGGUAUGUAUGAUUUUCUCUGUACACCUCGUUGAUACGUUGAUGGAUUUUCAUUCCGUCAGAAAACCUAAAUGGCUGGUGAAAUCGUGGGAAUCAUCGCAGCAUUUGAGAAUUCUGUGGUCAUAGGAAGUUUAUGUGACCUACUGGCCAUUCUGUGGUCUAUCGAGCAGGAACAUGCUAUUAUGUAAUCAUUUAUUCGAUUCCCUUUUCUAUAGGGUCUAUGUACUUGUCUGAUUCCAUCUUGUUUACACUAUGCACGAUGUCAAUGCCAUUUGUACGCAUAGGCCCUUGUAGUUUUGACAUAGGGUUUCAAAAAAUAGUGAUCUUCUUAACUGGUGUGAGUUGGGAUAUUUAAAACCUUUAGAAAAUUUUAAAGGCAGUCAAUGUCAUUAAUACUAUUUCCUAUUAGUACCAUUCUUUUAGGAGAACAAUGAACCGUUGUUGCACAUGAAAUGAUUUUUUUUUUUAAUUAAAAUAUUUGACGGUUAUUGUUCAUCGUAGUUUUUAGAAAAAAAUUUAUUAUCUAAGUAGCUAAAUUUGAAUGUGAUAAAGUUAUUGAAAACCGUGUCUUUGUUUGCAUGUCUCAAGAAAUUUUUUCUUGAUAAUUGACCCAUCCCUUGGUAUUUGGUUAACAAUCCUUAUUUUAUGAUGCCAGGCUUUUGCUGUGGACUUGGACUUGGAAAGUGGGAAGCUACGCUGUAUUUCCCACUCGUUGUCUGCCCCAUUGGCAGUAAGUGGUAAGAUCAUCUUCUUGAAUCCUCAUAUGCUUGUUUUGUACAUUAAUUUGGUAUUUUAUUAUAAACUUAGUGCAUUCCCUGUUUCAAUUGCCUUAUUAAUUUUAUUAAUGUGCUGCCUUGACGAUUGCCUUGUGAAAGUUACAUCUAUCGACCACCUAAAUAUCUUCAUUAUCUCCUUGAGUGGCAUUAGAUUCCUAAAAUUACAUUUAGUACAGCGCGAAUCUUUGCACCUAGGGGCAUGAAAACUUGAAUCCCAAAGUCAAAUCUUGAAGACUAGCAGCUCCGAAAACAUAAUCCUCAGAAACUAUGCUUCUCUAUCAUGCUAAACUUGAUUGCCACGCUAUGAUUCUGGUUGACUUUUUCCUUCCAGACUUAAUUAUUCCGGUCAUUUCAGAGUGUUUUAACAACUCUUGUUGAAUAAACGGGCAAGUGUCAAUGGGCGUGGUGCGAUUCUUUUAUAACUAAAAUCUAAAAACUACCCCAUUUUAAAACGAAUUUAUGCUAAUCUCCAUGGCCCCUUUGACUUCCCUUGAGAAUAUUCUCUUUGAUAAAAAAAAGAAGCGGGAGUCGUUAACUCUUCUCCUUGUCUGCACGAAUCAUUGCAUUGACUGCAGAAUGCGACAUCUGACACCUUGAAUCUUGUGGGCAGCUUCAAGAGGAGUCGCAUGCGUGUUCGCGAGUAGAAAGCGUGCUCUGGUGUACAUCUUGGACGAGGACGAGGAUGAGGACGAAGCUUUUGAUGCAGAAUGA